UAUGGAGCAGGUUAUCAUCUCGUUUAAGCCUCGUAUUGAAAUUUGGGCCUAAUUUUAAUUUAACGGCGGGAGAAGCUGUCUCUUCAGUUGUUCCGCGCUUUCUUUAACCUACUAUAGAUCACAAUGUUGUCAGACACGGCCUUUACCAACCAAGCCCAAUCCCAGGAUGGAAUUUUCUCUCCAAAGACUAGUCUUAUACCUGGAUCUUUCCAUGAAAGUGCAUUCUCAGGUCAAAGCGGCGGGAACGUGAUGAUGUCGACAAGCCCUGAUCAUCCGCCACAUUCCAUUUCAAAAAGCGGAAGUUCGACAUACCUACCAAAUUAUCUGCUAGGGGCAACUUCUUCUCCUACGACGACCCCACAGUUUGGACGGUCAUUGUCAAAUGUAGGACAAGGUUCCAGCCCUCAUAUUCAUGGCUUGUCAAGGGCUUCCAGCCAACAGGUCCAAAUGUCUGAUUCAAGAAAUCAACAAAAAAGGAUUUCACCUCUUCUGCAACAAAAUAUUAGAGAUAAACAAAGCAAUGCUCCUCCUGUUGGAGGCUUGUAUGAUGAUGAUCGGUGUAUGACUGUUGAUGAGAUUUACUCUGCUGAGAAUUGGACUGGUUGUACACCAUCAAGAUCCUUCAUGUCCCCAAACUCGGUAUCAAGAUCUCUUGCAACACCAGGGAGUGCAAAAAACAUUGAGACGCCAAUGCAUUCAAGUGUCUACUCCCCAAGAAUUGAUGGCGUAAUCCAGUCCCCUGCACAAGUUGAUCCUUUUUACACACAAGGAGAGCGCUUGACUACAAAUGAUAUGCUUGAUGAAAGAUGGGUGACAGUAUUCGGUUUCCCCUUUUCUAUGGUUGGCUACAUUUUGGAACAAUUUUCGCAGUAUGGACUCAUCGAGAAAAAGGAGAUAAAAAGUAACGUCAAUUGGGUACAUAUACAAUAUCAGUCAAAACUACAAGCUAAAAAGGCCCUCAGCAAAAAUGGGAAAAUAUUAAACGGAAACAUCAUGAUUGGCGUCUGUCAGUGCAUCAAUAAGGAUGUGAUGGAAAGCAGUGAGGAUUCUGCAAUGAACAGAUCGGUUUUCCACACGCCCGCAAAAGACGCUGCACAACAAAUGGUGACCCCGAAGCAAUCCUCCUUGAGGCCACUCACUGCCGCCUACAAUGCAGCAGCCAAUCAAAAUAAGGUCGUGCAAGAAGGCAAAGGAACCCCGCAGAGGACAAACUCAAUCGUUUCAAGGGCAAUGGAAUACGUUUUUGGUUUAUAACAAAAGAUAUCAUCAAACGAUAACACAAUGAAAUGGAACCUCUGGGCCACAAUCAAGACAUUGCCUUCAUUUUAUUCGUAGCAUAGGUGCUUCGACCGGCUUGCCACCAUCACAAAUCUAAGAAUGGUAAUGUACGUGGAAGGACUUUCUUCCUACCCAGUCCUUUGUCUUUAGUUUUGUUAUAUUUGCAAUAUUUUUGGGUAUUAAUUGACCCAACUUUGCUUAUCUUUAGAAGACUUUAUGCGAAGUCUUUUUGUAAUUAUCGCUACUCUAUCUCCAGUCGCUUUUUUCGUUUCUUGAUAAUAUACUUCUAAUUAGAAGGACCUAAGGACCAGAUAGCAUUUCGUAACACCAUCAUCGUUUCUUUCCAUUGUAUCAUUUUUUGUUAAUUGUUGUUCAAUUUUAAUCUUAGUUUUGAAGUAGUUGAAUCAGAAUAAAAGCUAUUAGAAUAAA